AAUUGUUUUGUGGUUCAUUGCAAAUUCAUUUUUUGAAAGAGAUAAUAUGAACCAACAUUGCCAAAAUCAUUCUCAUCAUCUUAGUAUCAAAUUAUCAUUGCCAUUUCUUGUAAAAUUAUGGUUUUUAUUAUCAUCAUUAACAUUGGUGGCCAUUGAUUCUGCAUCAUUCUAUGGGCAAAGCUAUUUAAAGAUACCGUUUCAUCAAUAUAGUCGGUUCAACAGUAGUAGUAAUGAAACACGUAUUGAGCUAGAAUUUCGUACACAUCAAUCGGAUGCAUUCAUUUUUCUUGCUGCUGGAUCAUCCGAUUAUUGCCUUUUAUAUCUGGAACAUGGACAACUAGCUGUGAAAAUUAAUUUUGGCCUAGGCGAAACUUUUCUCAUCUCCAAAGAUGAUUAUUAUGAUUCAAAACCAUUGAAUGAUCUAGAAUGGCAUCAUGUACAUCUGGAACGGAUUGAUCGAAAAUUAUUAUUGAAAAUUGAUUCAACACGAACAUAUUGGACACAGAUUAAUGGCUUUCAUCAUAGCAAUGGAUUGAAAAUUCAAUAUGGAAUCUAUCUGGGAAGUCAACAUGGCCUAAAAAGUCUAUAUCUGGGUGAUAUUCGUCCAUUGCGGGGUUGUAUUGAUCAAAUUUAUUUUAAUGGACAAAAUUUAUUUGAUUUAAUCGAUGAUGAUGGAAAACAUCAAGUCAUUAACCAUGAAGUCAAUUUCGAUCAAAAAUGUGAUGAACAAUUUGAUCCUUCGAACAUUAUUAUCAACGACGAUGACGACAGUGAUAAUGAAACCAUAGUGACCAUUUCUUAUGUACAUCAUCAUAAUAGCUAUCUUCUAUUACCCGGUCUGUUCAAUUAUAUUUCCGACAACAACAACAUAAAAGCACAUUAUAGCCCACAAAUAAAUGGCCGAACAAAUUUAUCCGUCCAAUUCGAUUUAAAAUCAACAUCAUCGAAUGCUAUGGUCAUAUUUGUAGCGGGUAAAAAUCCAUAUCGAAAAGAAUUUUUUGCAAUAGAAAUCAUUGGUAAACGUUUAAAAGUUUCUAUCAAUGAUGGUAAUGGUGAAUUGAAUCUGCAUUCAAACAUUAUAAUUGCCGAUAGCCAUUGGCAUCAUGUGGAAAUAUUAUUGACAUCGAUGAUUGACACGAACCAAUUAACGACUAUUGUGGAUGGUCAACAUGAAUCAACGUCAACAAAAUUGACAUGGCAAUUAUUUCGAUCAUCAUCAUCAAAACUUUCGAGUGAAUUAUAUUUAGGUGGUCUAAGUGUUGAACGCCAAUCAUUGGCUAUCAAUUAUGGUCUAGAAUCGACAUUAAUUACAUCAAAUGUUUCGUUAAAAGGAUGUAUACGAAACGUUCGAAUCAAUUCUGUAUUGAUAAAUAUAAUUCGUGAUGCAAUUGUAACUCGAAAUAUUCUCGUAGGUAACCAUUGUCGAUGGCAAUUUUUAUGUCAUAAUGAUGAUCCAGAAAAAAGGCCAUGUAUUGCCAAAGCUAAAUGUAACCAUGAACAAUUGAAUCUAAUCAAAUGUUCAUGUCAAAAUCAUCACCAUCAUCAUAAUAAUUAUCGACAUUGGCCCGAUAAAACAUCACCAUCAUGUGUUCGAAAAUAUUUCAAGCAUAAAUCCAUAAUUAUCGAAUCAAUAAAUGAUGUAUUUAACUCAAGUGAGGCGGUAGCGAACGAAUUUCUGCCUGAUGCAAGUUCUGUGUCUUGUGAUGGAAAUUCCGGUGAAAUAUUGGUCAACGAAGGUACAACCACGGAAAUCAAUUCAGCAUUAUCGGACAUUUUGAUCAAUGCAAAUAUACUGUCAUCAUCCGAUAGAAACAACAACAUAUUCGAUGUUGUUGUAGCUAAAAAACCCGAUUAUGGAUCAAUCAAUCUAGAUCAAUUAACAAUCGAUAUAAAUUCAUUAUCAAAACAACCGAUACGUUAUACACAUAUUAUAUCCGGUAAAACACGUGAUUCAAUGUCCAUAGAAUUGGUCAAAAGACAAUCAUCAUUCAUUCAUGUUCAAUGUGAUCGUUAUCUAGUGAAAAUUGUAUUCAAAAUCAAUCCGCCAUUGCAACAACAGCAACAGAAUGAUGUAGCGGCAGUCAUCGAAAGUAAUAAAGAAUCGAUUCAUCGAAUUCAAUUGAAAAUUCUGGCCAACACGAAUUUCCCAUUAACGCCAUCAUUGUUCAAACUUUCGGAUUUACCAAUCUCAGGAAAAGGAAAAAAUUCCAAGAAAAAAGAUGAUCACCAUCAUCAUCGAUUUAAAAUUAUGAGUAUCGAUCCCGUGAAUCAUGGAUAUUUUGCUCGUAUUAAUCAAAAGAAUUAUUCUGUAAAAAUUGAAAAUUUCACUGAAAAUGAAUUAAGAAAUGAAAGUAUAGCUUUUGUACAUGAAAAAAACUCAAUGGAAAAGAAUGCUUCAAUCCCCUUGGUUAAAUGUGUAAUCAUUUAUCGAGAUAAUAAUAAAGAACGGUUCGAAUUAACAUUUAAACCAUAUGAUUUAGCCGAUAAUCGCUCGAUCAUCAAUACUGGGCUUUUAAUGGCUCAUCACAGCUAUGCCUUGAUAACCGCUUCAAAUCUAAGCUUAAUCGUUAGCGAUAAUCUUGAAAAACAAGAUAAAAACCUUGGACAAAUUAUUCGUUUCGAAAUGGAAACAGAACCAGUAUUUGGUGUUGUACAAAAACUUCGUUUAUCACCAAAUAAUUGGUUGAAUGUUACACAAUUCACACAACGACAAUUGGAUCGUGGCAAGAUACGAUAUCUACACCUGAAUGAUUUUCCCGAUUCCGAUCGAUUCUUCGUUAAGGUUAUGUUUCAAAAGCAACUUAUUGAUCGUGUUGAAGUUAUCAUCAAUUUUGUUCAAAAUCUACAACUUCAAUCCUAUGGAUCGAAUAUUUAUAAUUUUAGCCGUAAUGAAAAAGAAUUCAUCAUUACAAACGCAGAACUUGCCUAUCAAACAAGACCGGUUUUAAGUGAUACCGAAUCGAUCAGAUAUCGAUUACGAUCAGUGCCUUCAUAUGGUACCCUUUAUUCAUUAGCCAAUGAUGCAUGGCAAAGAAAACUUGGUCUAGAUUCACAAUUUAGCCAAAAAGAUGUGGAUGAAAGAAGAAUUUUUUAUGUUCGUAAUAAUUCUUUUGUUAAUAUUGAUUCACUACGAGAUUUAGUCGAUUCAUUUAGCUAUGACGUUAUUGUUUCGAAUGUAACGGAUAUUUCAACAUUUUACAUUCAUUUCGAUAAUUCAUUGGAAAACUAUGUUCUAAUCAAUCGAAAGCUUACGGUAUUGGAAGGCGAUCGAUCAGUGAUUGAUGAGAAUCAUCUCUUUCUACGAUCGACCAUCGAAUCAUCAUCAUCGAAUCGAAAUAACAUUAUAUGGUUCGAAAUAAUCAAACAACCAAAAUUUGGUAGAAUUGAAAUUGAAAACGGCGAUGCUGAUGAUGAUGGUAGUGUCGAGAUUAAUCCAUUGAGAAUUUCGCAACGUCUUAUACAGCAACGAAAAGUCUACUAUGUUCAUGAUGAUUCGGAGAAUAAUAUCGAUUUUUUUGAUUUCUUUAUUGAAAAUUUUACCGAUAAUGGUCGAAUCGAUGCAAAAUUUUCGAUUGAAAUCUUAAUGAAAAAUGAUAAUCCACCACAACGUAAAUGUCAUCGUCGUUUGAAUAUAAUACGCAAUACUGAACGUUUACUAACCAACCGUGAUAUAUGCUAUGUUGAUUCGGAUCUAAAUACAUGGCCAUCGAAUAUUUUGUUUACGAAAAUCUAUUCAACUAUUGGAUCAUUUCAUUUUCUAAACAAUUCAAUGGCACAGGCAUUUACACAACAAGAUCUAAAUGAUGGUCUCUUAAAAUUUCGUCACAGUGGAAAUUUAGAUUCGGGCAAGGCGAUCUUCUCCAUAACUGAUGGCCAUUUCAAUUUGCUUUCCGAAUCAUUGGAAAUACGUGCAUCUGAUCCAUAUAUCGAAAUACGAAACAAUACCGGUUCAGUGGUUAAAUAUGGUGAAACUUGUCUUAUAACAUCACAAAAUCUUUCUGUAGAAACAAAUCUACCAGAUAAAAAUGAAAUUUUUAUUAAAUUACUCAAUGAACCACAUUAUGGGCAAAUAUUGAUUAAUGAGAAAUCUACAAAUCAUUUUACACUUCAGGAAUUAGAAGAUGGCUUAGUUGAAUAUGAAAGUACUAUUUUCGAAGAUGAAACAGCACCCUUCAGCCGUAAUGAUUCAUUUGAAUUUCGAGUUUUCAAUAAUGAUCGUCAUUAUAAAGAUUUGGUGACAAAAUCUCAACAGUUCAUCAUUCGAAUUUUUCCACAAAAUUAUUUUCAUUUAGAUGUAAUCAAUAUUAAAAAUAUAACGAUGCUUGAAGAUAGUCAGGUUUUAAUUGAUUCAAAAACUUUGAUGGUAAAACAUUCAGAAUUACAGCUCGAUCGUAUCGUCUAUACAAUUGUACAACCACCAAAAUCAGGUGUGAUAAAAAAAUCAAUCAAGUCGGAUGAAUCAAUCAUCCGUGAGGAAGUGGCAAACACAUUUUCACAACAAGAUAUUUUUGAUGGUCGAAUUUUUUAUCAAAAUAUUCAAUCAAAAUGGAACAAUGGAAAUUAUUCCGAUAACAAUGGGAGAAUGUUGGAAGAUCGAUUUCACGAUUCAUUCAGUCUAGAAGUUGGUGACGAUAUAUUCCGAUUGACUGAUCUUACCAUUGAUGUUGAAUUGAUACCGAAAUUCAUUACAUUACAAACGGAGAAUCUAACAGUUUCAGAAGGCAGUUCUGCCGUACUCACUCGUACAACAAUAAACUUGACGCACCCUUAUUAUAUGAGAUAUGUGGAUGAAUUUAUCGUGAUUGAAGAGCCAAAAUAUGGAACAAUAUCAUCCAUCGGUAUGGAUAAUGUUCGAGUAUCGAUCAAAUCAUUCACCGGUGAACAAUUGGAUGAUUGCCGUAUAUAUUAUCAGCAUGAUAGUUCAGAAUAUGAACGUGAUUGGUUCACUAUUGUUGCACGUGCUAAUUCGAUUGAGAAAGAAAGUCUACCGGCUACGAUUCAUAUCUUGGUAACAUCGAUCAAUGAUGAAGCACCAAUGUUGGUGAUAAUGAAAGAGAUUAAUGGCCAAAUUAAUCAAAAAAUUCAAAUAACGAAUGGAUCAUUAUUGGCAAUUGAUGCCGAUUCUAAAGCCAAUGAAAUUGUCUAUCUAAUUUCGAUGCCAAUCAAUGGCUAUCUUAUUCACAGUGAAUCCAACACGACAAUCGAUAAAUUUACACAAGCUGAUCUGGAUUUAGGUAGAAUUUUUUUCGUUCAUGUUGGCUCAUCAAACGGAAGUUUUCGAUUUCAUCUGACCGAUGGUAAAAAUUAUGGGUCAUCAAAUGUGUUUCGAAUUUUUGUUCGAGCCAGACAGAUUAUGAUUGAUACGAAUCAAAAAAUGCUCAUAACACCUGGAUCACAGCAAUCAAUAACAAAUCGUCAUCUGCUGGUUAGCUCCAGUAAUCCUGAAGAUGAUGAAAAUCACGAAAGAGAAUUUCUUUAUCGAAUAAUCAAAGCACCAACAUAUGGUCGAAUCAUUCUUGAAGGUUUCCGACUGGAAGAGGAAAUCAAUAAUUUUACACAGCAACAGAUUAAUGAAAAUCUUGUUCUUUAUGAUCAAAAUGUUCAAACAAAUGAACCAAUUGUUCUGGAUCGAAUCAUAUUUAAUAUUGAAUCAGUGGAUAUGCCACCAUUAAAAAGUGUACAUUUUAUUAUUGAAAUUGCAAUGGAAAAUAUCCGUGAUAUAAUGAAAACCCGCAUGGAUUCAUUGGUUCCAAUCGAAUCGUUGACAGUUGUGGAAGGUAAAUUUCGACCAAUAAGCUUUAAAGAAUUAGAUUUGAAAGAAUUUCUCGGUCGUCUGAAGUAUGAUGAGACAAAAGUUUUAUUGAAAAUCAUUCGGCAACCAUUACAUGGUAUAAUAUUGCGUAAUGGAUUAAUAUUGGAUAAUUUCGCUCUGUUUCCAAUAACGGCCAUCCGUAAUCAAUCAAUUGUCUAUAUGCAUGAUGAUAGUAAUACAUAUACAGAUAGUGUUGUGUUUGCCAUCUUUACCAAUGAUAAUUUUCUCAUGUCAUUCAUGAAUCUAACAUUACCGAUUAGAAUUAUUCCGGUGAACGAUGAAUACCCGAUUGUUGUGAAUCGAAGUCCACGAAUGACCGUUAAUAUUGGAUCGAAAACGGUGAUAACACGUUCAAUACUCCAGACACGUGAUAAUGAUGGCAAUGAUACGAAUAUUAUUUACAUGUUGGCCAAAGGCCAUAAUGUUUCCCAUGUAAAAGAUGGAUUUUUUACACGUAGAAACUUUAUUCAAGAAAUACCGAUUCAUACGUUUAGUCAACAGGAUAUUAAUGAUAAACAAAUUGAAUUCGUUCAUCGUGGUAGUGAACCAAUUCGCCUUAUUUAUUGGUUUCGUGUAAAAGAUGAAAUUGGAAUCGAAUGUCCGAUGGAAGAACCACCGAUGGAAAUUAAUUAUCAAUAUUUUCAAUCAUCACAGGCCAUUAUGAAUGAAGAACAUUGUACACCAUAUUAUCCAUUAUCCAUAAUGGUCAUUCAAUUCGUAAUUGAAUUGAUCAAUAAAACCGAUAUUCAUCUAUAUCAAAGUUCGAGACGUGCCCCUAUUACUCUGGUUAAUUUGGCUGUAAAAACCGAUAAUACGGAAUUGGAUCUAAAACAAAUUGUUUAUCAAGUGAAAAAAGGACCGUUUUAUGGACAUUUAUUGGUGGAAGAUAAACGUAGUCUACAUUUUACACAACAACAAAUCAAUGACGAUAAAGUUUUCUACAUACAGGAAAAUAUGUUUAGUGAAGAUUCAUUUAUGUUUGAUAUCUUUCAACGAAAUAAUGAAAAAGUUCUUAAUAAUGUUAACGCAAGGAUUAUUGUCGUACCAUUGGUUAAAGCUCGGAAACCGUUUGUAACAGCAUUUCCAGGACAAAAAUCAUUGAUCAGUAUCGAUCAUAUUGAUGCAAGUGAAUUGGCCAGCGAAACAAAAUCAAUGCCAAUAUUCAAAAUUAUUGAACAACCUAGAUAUGGAUCAGUGAGUUUGUUAAGUUUUGGUCUACAAUCAUCAUCAUCAAAAACAAACGAUUCACGUAUCCACAACGGCCAUUAUCAAGAUAUUGUCACUGAAUUUAAUCAAGAUGACAUCCUUCAGAAUCGAAUUGUAUAUCAAGCAUUUGCUAAUGUCGAAAUUAUUUAUCCCUCGAACGAUAUACUUACCGAUCGAAUCGUAUAUGAACUUCAUGGAUCGAAUGUUCAAACAGCUCGUGGUGUUCUUGUCAUCAACAUAUUCAAUAAUCAAUCAUCAACAACUAAUGAUGAACUAAUGAAUCAGAUUUUAAUGAAAAAUAAUUAUCUAAGUUAUCUAGGAAUGACAAUGCUUAAAGAACAAUUUUUUUUACUAUUUUUUGUCAUCAUUUUCAUUUUAUUUCUAAUACCUGCUCUGUUGAUUAUUGGCCGUUUGUGUUUUGUACAAUCGAAAUCUAAAUCCAAGACACAAACAAAAUGCAUGAAUGAUAAUAAUUUUACCAUGGCGCCGACAUUAACGACAACAACGACAGUUCCAACAACACAAACAAAUCAAUCUAAUAGCACGAUAACACAUUCAACAUCAUCUAAAUAA